ACUUCAAAGCGAAAAGUCACUAAAAAGAAAAACAUAACCUCAAAAUAAAGACACAGUCCAUGGUGGCUAUUCACACGUGCGAGCAAGAUGCAAAACGGAAAGAAAUUUACGGAAACCGCAGAUUUUCACGAAUACGAAAUUCGAUUAACGCAAAGAUUACAAAACAAUAAUGAUAUGUUGCGAAGAAAAGCCCUUAAAGAAGUCGAUAAGUGGUUAAAAAUUCGCAUGGACGCUGGAGGAGGUUCGUUAAAACCUGAAGCAUUUGUACUAUGGAAAGGGUUAUUUUAUGCUUUAUGGAUGGCCGAUAAGCCUUUAGUACAGGAAGAAAUAGCCCAAAGGAUAUCGUCGUUUGUAAAUUUAUCUAGCCCUACAAGAUCGAUUGAAUUUUUUAAGUACGGAUUAAAUAUUUUAUGUUGUGAAUGGUUCGGAAUCGAUCAAUUGAGGUUAGAUAAAUUCCUCAUGUUUGUGAGGAGAUUCUUAAGAAAUGGAUUGAUUGUUAUUAAGAACGCCAAAUACGAUAACAAGUUGAUUUUAUUGUUUAACGAAGCACUUUUGGAUACGGUUUUAAACGAAAAAUUAAUUGUCAAGCAUAAUUGUAUGGGAUUAACAUUGCAUGUAAUUGAAAUUUUCUUGGAGGAAUUAGCAAAAGUGUCUGAGGGAAAAUUACAGCCACAUUUAGUACCAGUUUUUAUAAAGCCGUUUGUGGAAUUUUUAGCUCAUUCAAGUGAUGGAAGAUUCAUGUCGAGUAUUAAAAAGAAUAUAUUUAGGUAUCUUUUGGAACAGUCCAACGCCGGACAGGAUUAUCAAGCUAAAUUUAACGCGUGGAGUCAGUUGGGUUAUCCAGGAGGAAGUAUAAAUGCGAUGAAAAAAAUUGAGGUGCCUUGUAGCGAAAACGGUUUUAAUGAUAAAGACGGAAAAAAUGAAUUAAUUUUGGAUCCUAGGGCGGGAAGAGUCGAUGUUAUUUUGCCACAAAUUCGAUUUAAACCAAAACAAAUCUGCGAAAUGGUCGAGCAAUAUAGAUUUGGAAAAGGAACCAACAGCAAAUCAAGACGAUCUAUUGUGGAUAUAUUGCAUUUGUUUGAGAAAAUGUCUCAUGGAAGUUAUCCUUUGGGUAUUAAAAAAGUGGAUACUCCAAAAGACGACGGGUAUUCAAUGAAGUUAAAGAACGCAGUAAACCGUUUAGUGAAAUUUGAGAAAAAAAUUAAAACGAAAAAAAGGAAAUUAAGCGAAGAAAUUAAUAAAGAUGAUAACUUGAAAAUAAAAAGAUUAAAAUUAGAAAAAAAAUCUACGACAUUAAAACAAAAACCAAAUAAACCUAAAAAAGAAUCAUCAAUAAUCGAAUUUAACCCCCCAAAUUACGAUUUUUCUUUCGAACGCCCCUCUGGGACUUGGUAUGUUUCAAAUUUAAGCGAAUCAGAAGAAAACGAUGAAGAUAAAAAUGAAAAGAAUCAAUUAUUUUCUGAAACUAAAUGGGAUACAUCAAAUGAUGAAAAAAAGUCACCUAACGUGAUUAUUCACUCAAUGGUUGUGCUAAAAAAUCCAAAUCCAAUAAGUUCCACACCAAAAUCGUCCCAAAAAUCGAAACAAUUAUCAUCACCGGGUGUUAAAAAAGUCAAAAUUGAUUUAAAAUUAAAUCGUAGUCAAGAAAUUCACGAACAUGUCAAACAGGUUAAAAGUUCGCCCGGAAUUCCUUUUGAUGCGACACGAAAACCAUCUAAGCCGUUAUUAAAAACGAGAUUUACAACACCAAUUGAUCCAUUUUAUGUUUCAAAUAAUUAAUUUUUUUAUUGUCUUUAUAAGGAUAAAUAAAAUCAGUUUCAUUUUA